GUCUUCAGUUAUGUUCUGUUUGUGCUAUAAUCCCCUGACAUGGGCUGAGACACUGUGUACAAAAUGUGCAACAAACACACAUGCACAGAGCGCGAGGAGCACAUUCAUUUUUUCUUUCUUUCUUUUUUUUUUUUUUUAAGGACAGCAAGGGGUAAGAGGCACAAGGCUCCUCCCUGAGAGUUUGUGAAAACAUUCCAGCAAAGUGAGAGCUGGUCAAAGAAUUGGAAACUCUCUCAGAGCGGCCUCUUACUCUCUAUAUAUACUUCUCACCUCUCUGCACAUGUGGCUGCCUCUGUAUAUACAAGCCGUUUAUAGGUCGUGUGAAGCUCUGAGGACAGCUCGGCAGGGGAACGCGUCAAAGGCGGAAAAACCUGGAGAAGUCUCUAAAAUCUGGACAGACAAAGAAGCUCAGCUGUCCCAUUAAUCGGCUCACAAUGAAGCCGGUGUUAGUCCUCCUUGUUUCCACAGCCUGGACUUUGACGGGAGCCCAGUAUUACUACCAGGGGCUGAUGGAUUAUCUGGAGAACAGGCUGUUGGCUAUUGAGGACCGCAUGCAGUUUUGGCACGAACAGUCCCAUCGCUACCACACAGAGCUGCUGGAUUUCAAAAAGCUCACUGCUGAGACCAUGGAUGGGCUGAGGAAGGAGCACAGCAUGCUGUUCAAAGACCUGGAAGGAGCCACGGUCCGAGUGGACCGGGUGGAGCGAGAGAUGGACUACGUGGAAACCCAGACGUCGCCUCGGGCCUGCACAAAUAAGGCAGACAAGGUGGUGGAGCGGGGGGUCUGGGGGCUGGAGGAGAGCAGAGAGGAAGAGGAGGACGAAGACUGGGAGGAGCUGCAGCCCAGAGUCUCUGACUGUGUGGAAAUUAUCUCUGGCAUCAGAUCAGUGAAGAUCCUGAAGAGAGUGGGCAGUCCCAAGGGCAUGUGGACCAGAGACCCCAAGUCAUCCAGGGUGUACGUCUUUAACGGGACAUCAGGAGACGUUAUCUACCAGUUUAACUCUGUACGUGACUUCUCUGGCUCUCCGGGCGUCACCGGCAGCAGACAAAUCAGGCUGCCGUCUGAGUGGAAUGGCCCUGGCGGCGCUGUUUAUAAUGGCUAUUUGUACUACAUAAAACAGGAAGCUGAUACAGACGUGCAGGUGGUCAAAUAUGACCUGCUACGUGGCUCUGUGACAGAUACUGCCAUGUUCCCCGUGGAAAGCCACGCUACCGUUUACAACCUCAACCCAGAGAUUGUUGCGGACCUCGCAGCAGAUGACGAGGGCCUCUGGCUCCUGUACGCCAUCAGUGACAGCGAACCAAACAUCAACCUUGCAAAGAUGGACCCUGCCACGCUCGAUAUAGAACAAAUCUGGGACACCCGGUGCCCGAGGGAGAACGCGGAGGCGGCUUUCGUGGUAUGUGGGACCGUCUAUGUCGUUUACAACACCCGCCUGGCCAGCCGCUCCCGGGUUCAGUGUGUGUUUGACGUCAACGACAUGGUAAUCAGCGAGGAAGCUCCUCUGCUCUACUUCCCCAGGAGGUACGGAGCCCACGCCAGUCUGAAAUACAACCCCGAGGAGAGACAGCUUUACGGCUGGGAUGACGGCUACCAAAUAAUUUACAGACUCACCAUGAAGAGGAAACUCCUAGUUUGACAGCAAGGAAGUGGUGUCAUGUUUUCAAAGGCAAGGAUGAAAAACAACAUGCUAUCCGCCUUAUUCUUAGUCCCAUGAUACUUUGCAUGAAUUAUGGGACUUCCAGUUAUUCCUCUCACUGAGCAGGCGUCUGCAGUAACGAUAUGCAGUGUGACUUUUAGAGAUUUUUGGGAAAUAAAUGAUGUGUGAAUACAGUCGUAAAGCAAGAAGUUAGAUAUUUUUGGAAUACGCUAAUUCACUUUCUUGCCAAGAGUUAGAUGAAAAGAUUGAUACCACUCUCAUAUCUCAUAGUAAAGCCACCACCAUCUGUUGGGUAGCUUAGCUUAAAUAACCUAGCUUUGCCUAAAAGCAUCUCACUUUUGAGCAUGUUUUACCCCCUUUUUAUAUCUGUAUUAGGGUGAUUUGUUGUUUGCACACUUUGUUUUUUGUAUUGAUUAAACAAAUGAGGAAUAACAUAUUAAUUAAUGAGGUCUAGAGCUGCUAGAAGGUGGAUUUUUGUUACCUUAGGACAGAGACAGGCCAGCUGUUUCCUCUCAUUUCCAGUCUGUGCUAAGCUAAGCUAAGCUAAGCUACCCAGCUGCUGUUGGUGGAUUCAUAUUUAGUGUACUUCUCAUCUAACUCUAGUCAGAAAAUGGUCCACCAUUUGAGUUAGUAACGAGGCUAAAUAUUCUACUUUGUGUUGUUUGAGGCCACUUCUUCAGGUCGCCCUCCUUAGGAGAAAGUAAAGGUAUGAUUGUAUUUUUCUUUUGCUGAGUAAAAGGAAGACACCUGUAGCAUGAUGCUAACUCUCACAAGACACCAGUUCAGUGACAGGAAUAACUAGAAAUCACUACCUGUAAUUUAAGCACGGUAUCAUGGGGCUAGGAGUGAGGUUGAUACCAAAAUCUUUUGGUAGUUUUGCACUUACCUCACAGUCUAUAGACUCUCCAAUCAUGGUAGAUUUAAUACAGAUCACAGAUAUCAUCAUACAUUUUUAAAUAUAUAAAUAAAUCAGUCUUUGGACAUAUUCA